AUGGCGGCCCCGGCGGGCGUCGACGCCUUCCUCGCGGAAUGCACGCCCUCUGGCGACGCCGCGUACGGCGCCGCCAAGGCCGUGCUCGAGCGCCUCCACGCCCCCGCCACCCGCCCCGCCGCGCGCCGCCUCCUGGGCGCCGUCCGCCGACGCUUCGCCGCCUCCCGCGCCGCGGGGGAGGAGUGCUUCCACACCUUCCACUUCCGCAUCCACGACGUCGUCCUCGACCCACACGUACAAGGUUUCCAACAAAGGAAGAAACUGACAAUGAUGGAGAUACCAAGCAUCUUCAUUCCUGAAGAUUGGUCCUUCACUUUCUACGAGGGCCUCAACCGUCAUCCAGACUCCAUUUUCAGGGAUAAGACAGUAGCAGAGCUGGGAUGUGGCAACGGUUGGAUAUCCAUAGCUCUUGCAGAAAAGUGGUGCCCUUCAAAGAUUCUCAACCCAAAUCCAGAGGCGAUGUCAAAGAUUGUAACAGAAAAUUCAAGUGAGGAGUUCUUGUACUCCUUGAGUAACUACUGUGCUCUUCAGGACCAAUUUGGCCUUGGGUUGAUUGUAACGAGCGGUGGAAGAAGGAUAUCUGUCAUAAAGCCUUCAGGUAUUAUGGUAUUCAACAUGGGAGGUCGACCAGGACAGGGUGUCUGUGAACGUCUAUUUCGACGGCGUGGAUUUCGCAUCACUAAGCUCUGGCAAACCAAAAUUAUGCAGGCUGCUGACACAGAUAUUUCAGCUUUGGUUGAAAUUGAGAAAAAUAGCAGACAUCGCUUCGAGUUCUUCAUGGAUCUUGUUGGGGAUCAGCCUAUCUGUGCUCGCACAGCCUGGGCAUACUUGAAAUCUGGUGGCCGCAUUUCACAUGCUUUGUCUGUGUAUAGCUGUCAACUUCGCCAGCCCAACCAGAAUGUCGUUGUGUUUCCUUCUCGCGCUGUGGCAAUAGAGAAUGCUCUUCAAUUGUUCUCACCGGCGCUUGCAAUUGUUGAUGAACAUUUGACCAGACACUUGCCCAAGCAAUGGUUAACAUCCUUAGCAAUCGAGGGAAGAGCAGAUUAUAAUCACGCUGAUGGUACUGUCACUGUAAUUGAGGCACCACGCCAAUCAGAUUUGCUGAUUGAGUUGAUCAGGAAGCUGAAGCCUCAGGUGGUUGUUACUGGCAUGGCUCAAUUUGAGGCUAUCACCAGUGCUGCUUUUGAGAACUUACUAAACGUAACAAAAGAUGUUGGCUCCCGGUUGUUCCUGGAUAUUUCUGAGCAUUUGGAGUUGUCUAGUCUGCCAAGCUCUAGUGGCGUAUUGAAAUAUCUUGCUGGAAAGACAUUACCAUCGCAUGCAGCUAUACUUUGCUUUUGCCAUUUCGAAGAUGCAGCUGUAUAUAAAGCAUUAUCACAAACUAUUGAGCUAUUUGAAGGCCACACAUCUCUGAUCAGCCAGCACUAUUACGGCUGCCUUUUCCAUGAGCUUCUGGCAUUUCAAAUUGCUGACCGGCAUCCACAGCAAGAGAGACAACCUGCAGAAGUGAUACCUCAGCAGAUGAUAGGAUUUUCUGAUCCAGCUAUGUCUACACUAAAGGCUGCUGAAUUUUUCGUUCCUGAUUCAACUGAAUCCAGCAUUAUUCAUAUGGAUUUAGAUCGGAGCUUUCUGCCAGUACCUUCUGCAGUGAAUGCCUCUGUUUUUGAAAGUUUUGUCAGGCAGAACAUCACUGAUUCUGAAACUGAUGUCCAUUCCAGCAUCCAACAGCUGGUGAAAGAUAGCUAUGGUUUAUCCGCAGAUGGUUGCUCAGAAAUUAUCUAUGGCAACACCUCCCUAGCACUCUUCAACAAGCUUGUUCUUUGUUGCAUGCAAGAACAGGGCACCUUGCUUUUCCCCUUGGGCACCAAUGGCCAUUACGUAUCUGCAGCAAAGAUUGAACCAAAGGUUCUAGCUGACACUCUUAAGAAUGUAUCUCGGCCAUGGGUGUAUAUUUCUGGCCCCACGAUCAACCCUACUGGUUUUCUGUACAGUGACAAUGAUAUUCAAGAGCUGCUCUCAGUAUGCGCUGAAUAUGGAGCUAGGGUAGUGAUAGAUACCUCCUUCUCUGGCCUGGAGUACCGAACUGAUGGCUGGAGUCAGUGGAAUCUGGAAGGAUGCCUUUCCUCUUUGAAACGUUCAAAGCCAUCAUUCUCUGUGGUGCUGCUUGGAGAGCUGUCCUUUGAGCUGACUGCAGCAGGGCAUGACUUUGGGUUUGUGAUAUUGAGCGACUCAUCACUGGCUGAGACGUUUCAUAGUUUCCCCAGCUUGAGUCGGCCGCACAUCACAUUGAAGUACACUUUCAAAAAGCUACUGGGCCUUAAGAACCAGAAGGAUGAGCAUUUCUCCAAUCUAAUGGUGGAGCAGAAGGAGGAACUGAAGAAUCGCGCCAACCACUUGAUAAAGACUCUGGAGAGCUGUGGCUGGGAUGUUGCCAUUGGUUGCGGUGGCAUCUCAAUGCUGGCGAAGCCCACUGCCUACAUCGGGAAGCCCUUCAAAGCUGAUGGUUUCGAGGGCAAGCUGGAUGCGAGCAACAUCAGGGAAGCCAUCCUCAAGGCCACUGGGCUCUGCAUAAACAGCAGCUCCUGGACGGGGAUCCCCGACUACUGCCGUUUCAGCUUUGCUCUGGAGAGCGGCGAAUUCGAGCGUGCAAUGGGAUGCAUAGCUCGGUUCAAGGAGUUGGUUCUGGGAGGGAGUGGCCAGGCUCAGAUGAAUGGUGUGUGA